AUUCGUCUAUGAUUUCGCGCCUGUCAAUAGGUCCACGUGAUUAUAUAAUUUUAAUUUCCAAGUCGGACACGGCGCUGCUGUCGUUUGCCGUGUUUCCUUUGCACUGUGCGUCGAGCGCGGUGCAGUGUUUUACGAAAUAACACCGGAUUUUAGACAUAAAUAUGUUCUCUUCCCUACUGGAGGCGGCGCGCAACUCGCCGUUCCGCGGACCCCUCGCCAGCGCGAACUGCGAGCCCGCAAUACCCUCCACCAACACACAGGGCAUGGCAGCGUCGGCGGAGGUGCAGGGCGACUCCUGCGAGUUCGCGUCCUCCAAAUAUUUCGCGCUCUGCGGAUUGGGAGGCGUGCUAUCGUGCGGUAUCACGCACACGGCGGUGGUGCCGCUCGACCUGGUGAAGUGCCGGCUGCAGGUGGACCCCGACAAGUACAAGAACGUGGUCAACGGGUUCAAGGUGUCGGUGCGCGAGGAGGGCAUGCGCGGCCUGGCCAAGGGAUGGGCGCCCACCUUCAUCGGCUACUCCAUGCAGGGUCUAUGCAAGUUCGGCUUCUACGAGGUGUUCAAAGUGCUGUACUCCGGCAUGUUGGACGAGGAGACGGCGUACACGUACCGCACGUUCGUGUACCUCGGCGCGUCCGCCAGCGCGGAGUUCAUCGCCGACAUCGCGCUCUCGCCGCUCGAGGCCGCUAAGGUCCGGAUCCAGACCAUGCCCGGUUUCGCAUCAACGCUGCGCGAGGCGUGGCCCAAGAUGGUGCAGAACGAAGGCUACGGCACCUUCUACAAGGGGCUGGUACCUCUAUGGGGUCGCCAGAUCCCCUACACCAUGAUGAAGUUCGCCUGCUUCGAGAAGACCCUCGAACUGCUCUACCACUACGUGGUGCCGAAGCCCCGCGACCAGUGCACGAAGGGCGAGCAGCUGGUGGUGACGUUCGCGGCGGGCUACAUCGCCGGCGUGUUCUGCGCCAUCGUGUCGCACCCCGCCGACACCGUCGUGUCCAAGCUCAACCAGGACAAGACGGCGACGGUGGGCUCCAUAGUGGGCAAGCUGGGCUGGGCCGGCGUGUGGAAGGGGCUGGGGCCCAGGAUCGUGAUGAUCGGUACCCUCACCGCGCUGCAGUGGUUCAUCUACGACGCCGUCAAGGUGUACCUGCGCAUGCCGCGGCCGCCGCCCGCCGAGAUGCCGGAGUCCAUGCGGAAGCGGCUAGAGGCCGAGGAAGCAGCUAAGUCCAAGUGAACUAGUAAUUAGACUGUAAUAUAACGUACGUUGGUUGACUAUUUACAAUUUCACUGUACAAAAUAAAACCAAUUUCAUUAAAAAAAAAAAAAUUUUAGUUUUGUUUUGUGAGAACGAACUCAUGAAUAAGGACUUAAAAUGGGUUUAUAAUAGUGUAAAUAUGAGUUAACAAUAUUGAAACAAUUGCAAAAAAUUAUAUUUUUAAGUUGUAAGUUUUGUGAGAACAAACUUUGAACGUACUUAAAAUGGGUACGUGGGAAUUACCAAAAUCGAAAUGAUUGCAUUAUGAAAUAAUAUUUUUUAAGUUUGAGUUUUGUACGAACAAACUCAUGAAUAAAUACUCUGGAAGUAUUUUAUACUAGUAUGCUUACACGUGUAAAAAUGUCGCUGGAAAACGAAUGUAUUUAUUAAAAUUUUUCAAAUCAGUUGUGAGAACAAACUCAUGAAUAAGGACCCCAGAGGGGAUUAAAAGUAGUCUGGUAUACGUCGACUAAACCACAUGAGAUUAUCUAACACAAACUUGUUUGUAAGCAUUAUAAAUAAUAUUCUAAGACCUUAAUAAUAUAAAAAUUGUUUAAAAUUGUACAGUGAAGUUGUGAAAGUUGUCUAUGGGCGUCUUAGCCGUUAUGACGAUUCGCACAUUGGCUGCUAUCGCUUGCUCAAAGUCGCGCGAGUGUUUUAUCGGUCUCAUUAGCGAUUGUACUGAAGCCUUUACUAUUGUAUUGUUGAUAUCCUGUAGGUCUUUCUGUUUUUAUAACUCGCUAGAGUUUCGAAUUUACCUCUAUCUUUCUCUAUCUAACACAAUACUAUAGAAUGAGAAAGGUAGAUGUGAAUUCGCACUUGCGAGUUAUACAAACAUCGUAACAGAAUAGAACUAAAUUAAAGGCUAAUCGCGGUUACAACUGAAUGCUUCAUUGUACUGUGUCGAGCGACUAAAUAGUUUCUCUUAUAAUGUAAUUUAUGUACGAUUUUUAAAUAGCGCAACCAACUGAAGCGAGUAGAAAUUAAUUAAAACGUGCGUGAUUUUUAAAUCGCGCGACUUUAACCUGACUUAGGUUACCUUACUGUUAAUAAAGCACCUGUCGCGCGACGAAUAGGGUAAGAGAUAUAGUAUGAUUAAUUAUUGUCUUAUAUAUGACAUGUACGAUGUUAAGUUAAAGCCGCGUGAUUUUUGUAAAAUUUAAGUAAAUACGCAAUAAUAAACAAUUUAAUAUCAGUUAGGUAAGUCGUAUACGCGAUUAUGUUGAAUUAUACGACAAACUGAAAUAUUUGUCAGUUUUAUACAGUAUUCAAACAGCAGUUAGGCUAAAGUAAUAAUCGCUUAAGCGAUCGACAAGUCGCUCAAGCGAUCGACAAGUCGCUCAAGCGAUCGACAAGUCGCUGAAGCGAUCGAAAAGUCGCUCAAGCGAUCGAGAAGUCGCUCGAGCGAUCGACAAGUCGCUUAAGCGAUCGAGAAGUCGCUCGAGCGAUCGAAAAGUCGCUCAAGCGAUCGCAGCCAGUGUGCGAACAGCAAGUAUUCCCCCGUUGUAAAGUAUAUGUAUCGUAGACAAGUGAUAUUCCGUUAUGAUAGUAUGUUAAAAUCAUGAUUGUGUAAAUUAUUUGAUUUUCCUAAAUAAAUUUUUAUUUUCUAUUUAUUUUUCAUAUUUUUUUUUUGUCUUUUUGUAUCUUGUUGAGUUUGUGCAUCGAUCUGGUCGCGUGAUGAUUGUACCAAAGAUUGUAACGCAAUCUGCCUGAUAAUAAAUGAUACAAUAGAUAACAUAA